AUGUCUUCACGCCAACCCGACAUGGAGGCGCCGAGUCUUUCUGACGCCGAGGUACAAGAGCCUCAAGGCACAACAUCAUUUGAUGCCGAAGAACUUGAAGUUAGUAGUGGUCCAACCCUAGUGCCGCCGCCCUCCUCCGUUGACAGCGACCUAUCUGAUACACUUGACGUAUCUGAUACACUUGACGUAAGCCCUGAGCCUGAAGAGACCACAAGCGUUGUGGAUAAUGGCAGAAAUCAUCAAUUCGCCAGUCGCCAUGUUAUCCUCGGUCGUGUUUGGCAACGUUUCAGAUUCGCCGGUCGCCACGCUGGCCUUGGGCUCCGUCAGCGGCUUCGUGGAUUCGCCAGUCGCCAAGUCGAUCGAUACCGUCGUCGACGGGAACGACGGGAGCGCAGACGUCGCGAAAGAGAAGACAGCCGACUUGACAAUCUGCUCGCCAGUCGCUUGGCUAGGUUUAGCCUAUCAGAUAUCGAAGAUCCCCUUGCUUGGGAGCGCAGACGAGUUGGGAGUCUGUUCACCAAUCGCCAUGCUAGGUUCAGCCACCACAACAUCGAAGAUCCCACAGAUCCCGUCGCUUGGGAGCGCAGACGAGUUGAAAACCUGCUCGCCAACCGCCAGGCUAGGAUCACCCACGAAAGUAUCGAAGACCCUGUUGCUUCGGAGCGCAGACGAGUCGAAACUCUGCUCGCCAAUCGCCAGGCUAGAAUCAGCCACCAUAAUCUCGAAGAAUUCAUUUCCCAGCAACCUGACUGGACCGUGCUCGAGACUUCCCCGUUGCAGCUUGACGAGAACGAAAACAUCGAAAGCCACAGCCCUCCACAUCCGACUUCACAAAUACAAACCCGCGCAGCCAGCCCCGUUCACUCAUUCCACUCAUGCGACAGCAACAUCGCGUACUAUGGCAGACAUGGUGAUAACAAUGAACCUUGGGACGACAACAGUGAUGAUUAUGUCCCAUCGGGCUCCCAGGAGUCUCAAGUACGACGCGGCAGAUCCCUUCGCCGAGCUGGAAGCAUUGUCAGCGACGCCGCCUCUGAGGUUCGUGGUAGCGACCACCCGUCGCGAGAGUCAAGCUAUGAAAGACCUCGGGGAAGACAGCUUGUGAGGGAAUCGAGCAUUGUCACCGACCCAUGGGCUGCGUAUUGGGGUCCCAUCGGGGACCCACCGAGUGAUCUGUUCUCUCGAGUACAACGCAGCGCAUCAUCUCGACAGACUGGAAGCAUUGACGAUGAUGCUUCCUCCGGAAACCGCCCAUUGAGGGACCUGAGCCCUCAAGUGCGACGGGGCCGGUCUCUCCGACGGGCUGGAAGCGGUUUCAGCGAUGCUUUCCCUGAGGUUCGGCGCACCCACCCCGACAGGGAACCAAGUGACGAGGAACAGAGGGGCCGCCAGCUCCUGAGGACUUCAAGCAUCGUCACCGAUCCCUGGGCUGCCAUUUGGGGUCCGGUCGACCUACCGGUCGACCCGAGACCCCAAGAAGAAGGCCCAGAGUCAAGUGGGUACCUGGAGAUGGACGCCGGGUACGAUAGUGCUGAGGAGUGGGAGCGGCUGAACCUCCGGGUGGCCCAGUGGGUGGAAGAAGUAUUCGCGGCCGGUGUGUGA